CUUCAUUUUUCGUCAUGGGUCACGAGAUGUAAACAGGGCUAGCGCUAAUCCCAACCCUAACUCUAACCUUGGACCUAGCCCCAUGCUUACCCUAACCCUAACCUACAAUCUCGCCAACAAUCACGUGCCCCAACCUUAUUAUUUACAUCUCAGCAACCUUGACAAAAAUUGAGCUGGCCUUAACAAAUAGAUUUAGGCGUCUUCCUGCGGAGACGAUAAUUCUAUUAAUAAAUUCCCCCCACGUGUUGAAUGGUAAAAAUGGCAUCAACUGAAAUACAAUUUGCCCAAAGGCUGGCAUCGAAUGAACGGAAGAUUCGGGACAAGGCGAUCAAAAAAUUGAAGAAAUAUUUAGAGAUUAGGUCGAAAUCUAAAAAACGUUUUACAGAAGAAGACUUUACAAAGAUAUGGAAAGGACUACAUUACUGUUUAUGGAUGCAAGACAAACCCCUUAUUCAGGAGGAAUUAGUGGAGAAAAUGACAGCUUUGGUACACUCGUUUGCAAACAGUGAUCAGACGUUUCUCUUCAUAAAAGUCUUCUUUAUAACAGAAAUUAGGGAAUGGCCGACUAUAGACAAAUGGAGAGUAGAUAAAUUUAUGAUGUUGAUCAGACAGUUCAUUCGACAAUCACUUCACUACAUACAAAAUAAUUCCUGGCAAACAAGUUACAUUGAAAACUUAACUCAUUUGUUCCAACAGACGUUUUUAGACCCUCAAAAUACUAGAAUAUCACAUGGUUUCAGAAUGUACUUCAACAGUAUUUUUUUGGACGAAUUGAAAAGGACAGGACUAAAGGACUUGACAACAGAGAAAUUUUGUUUGUGUUUUCAGUCAUAUAUAAACUUUAUUACUAACUCAAAACAAAAAGAAGUUAUUAUUGAUAUUAUAAAGAAAAUAUUUGAACCCCUAAUCAAUGAUUCUCUGAAGAUACGAGCUCAGCAGCAACAAAAUCAAUUGGGCAGUGAUGAUACUACCUGUAGAUUAGUAGAUGACAAACAAGUCUGUGAAUGGCUAGCUGAUCAAUUAUUCACAUUAGGAAGAAAUCCCGCAUGUAGUACUUGGCAUAGAAACCACUUUUAUGAAAUGGUCAGGAAAAUUAGAGAUAGUCAAGAUAGAAAAGUCAGUACACCAAAGCCAGAUUAUGAAAAUGAAGAGGACGAAAAUGCAAGUUGUAUCUCAGAAACUGCUGAAACAUUUGACAAUGUAGUUGAGGAGUUAAAACAACAAAAAAACAUGACACCAAGGCGAAAUGCCAAGAAGAAAAUAUUAAAAUUGGAAGAUAUUAAAUUAAAUUUAGUUAAAAGUGCACCAGAAAUUUUAAAUUCAACAGAAGUUGAUUCCACACAAAAAACUGAACCUAAGAUAAACAAAAAUCUGAAACGCAAAUCUUGUGUGUCAAAUGGUGCUAAUAUUGGUAGUGCUAGUGAAACAACAGGCAGUCCAAGCAAAAAGAAAAAAUCAAGCUCUACAAUUAUUGAAUCACCAACAGGUACUCCAAAACAAAAGCAGACAAAAUUAAAGAAGCCAAAAACAGCUUCAGUGAAAAAAAAGGACAGAAAACAAAACAUGCUUUCCACAGAAAAAAAGAAAGUGAUCACACCAAUGUCAGGCAUGAAGAAGAAAGUUGUCUUUGAUAUGAAGAAAAAUACUGCACUGAAGUUUAAGAAGGGUAUGGCAGUUAGCCCACACCCAGCAUAUGUUCCCACAAAGCAGCCAGAACAAGGAAUACUAAAAUCACCAGUCUCACCUGUUCCAGCUCCUCGUGGUACAAAUAAAAAACCAGUGCAGUUAUUUCAUCCAAAAGAAAUUAGUAAAACAAAUAAAAGGAACACUGCCCCUGUGAAUGUUAAAACAAGGAGAAUGACCAGAUUAGGGGCUGCUGAUUUUUUCUAAUCAUAUUAUUUAACUAGUGUACAUUGUUUACAAGACAUACAUGUAUACUGUAUAGCCUGAAUGAAUUUAUUUUAAUCAUAAUUAAUUUUUGUCUGUUUUAAUAAAUUUGAUUUAGCUGGGCAGUACAUAAAAA